UUGUCCGACCGACCAGUGAGUGUGAUCCGCUGCUCCGUGAUCGAGGACAGUUGUCCGUAUCUUAUUUCCUUUGGCUCCUUCUUUUUAUUAUUUAACGAAUCAGUUUUUUUCUUUGCGUAUUGGGGUUUCUUACGCAUGACGGAUUGGUUCGGUUACGCACAAGGAAUGUUUCUGCACUUGCGGUAGUUCAGCAUUGGUCUCUGAUGGAACAAGACACAGGCUUUCUGUGCCCGUUUGUUUUUGGAUACAGCGUAAUUCACAGAUCCCUUGGAAUGCAGUAAUCAAUGUAGGACAUAUGUAACAAGUCCUCAAACCAUUCGGAGGGUCUUGCCACAAGCUAUCAAUACAAGGAAAAGCAGUUGUAAAUGGAUCGUCAUUCCAGCCUUGUUUCUCUUUGGUUUCAGCUGGAACUUUGUGCGAUGGCUGUUCUUCUCACGAAAGGAGAGAUCAGGUGCUACUGUGACGCACCGCACUGCGUUGCCACUGGAUACAUGUGUAAAUCUGAGCUCAACGCGUGCUUCACUAAGGUCCUGGACCCACUUAACACGAACUCACCUCUAACGCACGGCUGUGUAGAUUCGCUUUUAAACUCUGCAGAUGUGUGCUCCAGCAAAAACGUGGAUGUUUCCGGCGGAAGCUCUUCUCCCGUAGAGUGUUGCCAUGAUGAUAUGUGUAACUACAGGGGUCUGCAUGACCUCACACACCCUCGAGGUGACUCAACAGACCGAUACCACAGCUCCAAUCAGAACCUGAUCACGAGAGUACAUGAAUUGACGUCGGCUAAAGAGGUGUGGUUCCGGGCGGCGGUGAUAGCGGUUCCCAUCGCAGGUGGCCUUAUCCUGGUCCUGCUGAUUAUGCUGGCGUUGCGAAUGCUCCGGAGCGAAAACAAGCGUUUACAGGCCCAGCGCCAACAGAUGCUGUCUCGCCUGCAUUACAGUUUUCAUGGACACCACCAUGCCAAGAAAGGCCACGUGGCCAAGUUGGACUUGGAGUGCAUGGUGCCGGUAACGGGACAUGAGAACUGUUGUCUGGGCUGCGAUAAACUGCGGCAGACGGAGUUGUGCGCGGGAGGAGGAAGCGGAGGCGAACGCCUACUAUCUCUGGUGCACUGGGGCAUGUACUCGGGGCACGGAAAGCUGGAAUUCGUAUGACUACUCGGAAAUUCUUUGUUCGGGCACAAAAGGGUAACUAACUGUAGUUUGCUGUCGUAAUUUUAUUAUCGUCCCGCUUGGUGCGUUAUUUUAUUGUCUCCAUAGAGAGUGAAGAAAUUUCAAGGACGCAAAUGUUUGUGUUUUCUCAAAAGAGCACUUUACUUGAAUUAGAAUGGCCGGUCACUGUGGGGUCGUGGUUAAUAUGAAAAGGGGCGGGGCUAAGGACUGCAAGCCCCGCCCUUUACCCAAGAAGCCGUGUCCUGUGGAUCCUGGAAAUGACACUGAAGACUGAAGGAUUCGUAAAGACGGUCUUAUUUUGCACAUUUGUAUAAAACGGACAAGAUGACUAUCGGAUGGUUGGAACGUUUUUUGUUUUGUUUUUGUUGAAGAAUUUUACACUGACACCAGGGUACAGAUAAGGUUUGUUGUAGUCAAAUUGUAUGAAUAAAGGAUCCAAUCUUGACUGUAACAAAU